AUCAGUUGCUGUCGGAGCCAGUUCACGAAAGGUAGCGCCAAGGAAGGAUCGUCGCUGCGCUCGUACGCGAUCUCGUCGCGGAAUUUAUUCGCGGAGCGGAGUUAAAUAACAGGAAAAUAAAAAAAAAACAAUCGAUCCCUUCAGCGAGAAGUUAGUGCCUGCUAGUGAAAUCCAAAUCCAAAUCGGCUGAACGAAUAUAACAACCGUAAAAACAAACGACGAACGAACGGGUGCUGCUGGUUUUAUGUGUUUUUGUUUUUUUUGGGAAAUGAUCAAGCAAGUGAUCGUUGUGCUUUCUGCUGUGUGUAGCCCUCGCAGUUGAAGCCUUGUAAAAACAUCCCGCCCGUGGAACCGUGUGGAACGGAGGAGUCAUCGCAGCGGCGGUUCAAUUUCGAAGACACCGCCCCAGUGCAAUUCCCAUACUGCACACACACACAACGAACUGCCAAAUGCAGUUACAUCGAGCAGGGAAAGCAAUCAAGCAAGAAGCAAUUGAAGAAAAAGAAGAAGAAUAAGAAAAAUACAAGUGAAAAUAAAUUAAUGAACGCUUGCAAGUCGGUUUAGCCUCUUUCACCGAUCGUUUUUCCUUUCGUUUACAUCUGUUUUCGCAAAACGAGUGCAUGUUCGUGAAUGGAGAGCUGUGAGGAUCUUGACCAACGUGCAAAGCAAAGUGGUUGUUGUUUUGUUGGUGGACUGCAGCUGAGUGGAGUAACACCCCGACUGUUCCAGUGUUUGUGUUGGUGUGAGUGAGUAUGCGUUUCAGUGAGGGAGGCAGAAAGAAAAUAACCGUGGAAAUGUGGAAAUUUCUACGAGGCUCCCCACGGUAAAGCCAAAGAUUGUGACGUGAUCGAGUGGAUCGAGAAGAUGUGCAGAUUGUGAUAACACAUGUUUGGAAUUUGCGCAGCUGCCAACGAGUGAAACUUUGCCAGUGGUGUCUGCGGGUUUUGGUGUUGGAACGGCGAUCGAAGAAUUCCUACGACUGGUUAAAUCGAAUUGUUCGAAAAUUAAGGAAAAGUGAGUGAUCGAUUGAUCACUGCUUUGUUAAACGACUUCACUUUUUGACGUCGGUGUAUUGUUGUGUGUUUGAAGAAAAAAUAACAACCGGCGACUCAUCAGUGCGAUAAAAGCGAUUAGUGUAAAUCGGAAUCUAAUUACGUUUCGAUUGCACCGAGUGUAGCAUAGGGCAUAGGGCGAACCAUUUGAGAGAAAGAGAGAGUGAUCCGAAGUGAAGCGAUUAAUUGAGGGGUUCGCGACCUAACAACGGGUGAGCAUUGAAGUUACCGAAGAAGAUUGUUGCGUUGAUUGUGUUGAUCAGUGAUUCGGGUGCACAAACAAGCGAUGAACUCACCGAUGUGAUGUGCGUCGGUGCGUGUAGGAAAAGCCAUCUCUGAAUCCGGCGGCAUUAGCCGUGGGAACUCGGUGCUAUGGAGAUACCUUCGCUGGAGCAGAAAUGUGUCGACCGGUUUUGAAUAUCUACCGUGUCACUUCCGUGUCGUAGCCGGCUAAAAGACAGCAACCAUGAACCCUUCGACGAUGGAUGAUUUGAUGGAUAAACGACCGUGGCAAACGUCGACGGACGCUUCACGGCAGUUGGUAGGCUCGAAAGAGAUGCCGGUUGGAUAACGGAAUUAGUGUAGUGAUGUGUUGAAUUUGAACGUGUUUAUUUUGGCCCCCAUCGAUUAUUGGUAGUGAGGAGGGGGCAAGAUGUAGGCGCCUCAGGAGUGCGGGGUUUUUGUUGGAUUUUCCAAUUUUGUUUUUUUGUGUCUUGAUACGAAAAAGACGCCGGACCAUUGAUUCGAGACCAGAGUGAUCUACUUUGCUAGGAAACUUGUGUGCAUUUCCAAUUGUUGUUCUGUUUUUGUGUUUGUGUGUAACGAUGGGUCGCACACGGAUGAGCAUCGUGCUGUUGGUGGUGCUUAUCGCGUGCAAACUGGGCGAUCAGGCCAGAUCCAACGGAAGUGCAAGCAGUGGCAGUGGUGGAGAAUCGGCAAAACCAUUACCACCGGAACCAACGGCCGGAAGUGACCGACGGGGCGUUUCGAUGUUUAACCAAGCGCGUCUGAGUGAAGUGCGAAAUGGUGCCGCUGAAUCACCGCAACAAACCACCGCCGGGGGGCUGGUGACGACAUUGACUUCACCGGUGGUGAAAGGCAGCAGCAGCACGACGAUGGCGGUGGCGUCGACGACUACGACAACGACAACGACGACGACGACUACAACGACGACUCCAUCGGCGAUGGUUGCUUCGCAGUUGGAUGGUCGAUCUUCAGUGUCAGCCGCCACCGACAAUCUAAAUGGUACGAUUCAUACAAAUUCGUCAAAUAGUCUUGGUACGAUUGAACAACACGAUGAUUUCCCACGAACUGAAGCAACAUUGGAAUCUACCACGGUGAAUGCCGUGCCGACAAAACGCCGCUCCGGCAACCGUGACAAUAAGCUGAUGUCGGUUCUACAAGCUCGCCGGACGGCCCUGUCCCGGGAUCGGUGGCAGAAGGAAUACAUUCCGGCGUCAGCGCUAAAAUUGCAUCGGCAUAGCGUCCCGACGGUGAAUCUGAUAGAGGACAGCAGUACACCGGAAUCGAAUCUCAUAAUUCCGCCGGGAACCCGGACGUACGAAUUUCUCGAUACGGACGAGUCCAUCCACGGGAUGUACGUCGUGAAUCCCCGGAGCGGGAAGCUCGCACCGUCGCAAGUGAAGCUUGCCAAAGAAAGUGGAAACUUUGUUAUCCAGCAUCAAAACAAAACCGAAGAAAGUACCAAACUGACGUCGACGAAGCAGUUCCCUUCGCGUGGUUCCUAUUAUGAGCCAAGAGGGAAACGAACUCGAGAUCGUAAAAUCUUUUCGACGUCCACGGAGCGAUCCAUCGACGAGAGUGAGCUUGUUCCCUAUCAAUUUUUCGGUCAAAAGCUCAUUCCUACCAGUAGAAACGUUGACUCCCGGAACCAGGUGGUCAAUCCCAAGGGGACUCGUCUAAGCAAGUUGAGGGAUGAAUCAGAACUGGAAGUUCUGGAGGUUUCAGCCCCGAAAACUUCCACAGAAAAGAACAAAUUUUGGCAAAGUCGCUUGGCGUAUCAGACCCGAAAUAUAGUGGCUUUCAAUAACUAUUUGAGGCGCUCGAAGGACGGUUUGUACGGAGUUACUCCUGUCCACACGACAACUACCGCUGCGUCUAUCGGUUUAGCGGACAGUUCCGUUCAUUCGGAUUCACUAACCAACUCAAUGAUCGCGUUGAGUAAUCUUUCAGAGGGAACGGUUGACCACAAGCAAGUCUUUUCAAGAAGCGCAAAUUUCACUUCUUUGAACAGGACUGAAAGAAUUUCUCAGAGUUCGACGACUUCCACCACAACUACUACAGAGCCGUCGUCCACAACAUCGGUGUCAACCACGCAAACUAUCCCUGCAAAUCACAAACCGGAUGAUGAGCUACCGGGGUUAUUCAGCCCUACCGGACAAGCCGCUAUUUCUAAGCUUAUCAUAAACUACCCGGAUGAUGCCACGCCGGAAGAUUUGUACCAUCCGAAUAGCUAUCAACCGGCAGCGGAGUCGGUUGCAAUUCCGGUUACAACGGAACCGGAAUCCCUUCCCGAAACCACUCAACCGAUUUUGGAAGAGUUGGAAAACCACAGGAAUAUGGUAUCCAUUCCGGAUAUCAAUCAUAUCUUUCAGAAUCUGUCGACAAGUCCCACUUCGACAACGACUGAGAUGCCAACACCCAUCAGACGGAUAUCGCAGUCGGAGUCGGAAGUCGAGGUAACUCAACCCAGCACUGAAACCUACGUACCUGCAGUGACAACCAGAUCCACGGCUGAACCGGCUUCGGCAGAGUUCACGACAUUCCCAAAGACUGAACCUUCCAGCACUACGAGCACGACUGAAACCACAACUUCAACAACUUCCACUACGACACCGGUUCCGCACACAACGUCGCGAUCACUCAUCCGCUCCUCAUCGACCACCUUCACGACUUCGGUGGAGAUCACAACCCUUCAGGACACGGAAACAUACCCGGAAGUAGUCUACCAGACCGACGAAAUUCGUCCAACGCCAAAAUCGCGCAACGUUUCCGAAUUGAAUCCGAAGUCGUCCGCAGACCCAAUCCCACAAUCGCGAGUACCCACGAUAAUUGAAUAUCCAUCUCCCGCAUCUGGGGAUAAUCGUGGUGCCACGAAAAAACCGACUAUUGCUUUCGAGGGAGUGCUACUGCAGCACAACAGUGACGUGGUGAUCGAGAUGCGCAAAAUGAACACGGCCACAUUCAUCUUGGCCGGACUGGGAAUGCUGCCGAUCGUCAUUAUCAUUCUGUACGUGAUUAAGGCGGCCGUUUGCAAACGGGAAAACAAAGUGUCACAUGAUCUGGAACGGUACAUCCCGGAUGGACAGCCACCGAUCAGUCCCGUGGUGAGACUAGAGCAGUCCGACACUUCCAGCGUGGCGGAUGAGUCGAUCAUUUCCGAUCGGGACUUCAAUCGAAAGAAUCUUCGUUUCAAAAGUCUCCUGGGUGAAGGAAACUUCGGCCAGGUUUGGAAGGCGGAGGCCGAUGAUUUGGCCGGUCACUUCGGUACUACCCGGAUCGUGGCCGUCAAGACGGAACGAAGCGACAACGGACACGGUGAUCUGAAAACCGAGGCGGAGAUUAUGCGGAAGCUUGGGUCUCAUCCGAAUGUGGUUACGCUGCUGGGAGCUUGUUUAGAGCAGGACCCUCAACUGCUGAUUAUGGAGUAUGCGAUGCGAGGGCGUUUGUUGUCUUUGCUGCGGGCAGCUCGCGGUGCUGUUAAUGGACUUGCACCGUCGGCCCACGGGAACCGUCCACCGAUCAUGCCGCUCUCGCCGAGGAGGCUUACCGGUUUUGCACAUGACAUCGCCCGGGGAAUGGAGUAUAUUGCGGAAAAGAAGAUCGUCCAUCGAGACUUGGCGGCCCGGAACGUGCUGUUGGACCACAACGGAAUCUGCAAGAUCUGCGAUUUUGGUAUGUCGAUCGAUCUGGAGAAGAUCAAAUCGUCGCAGGCGCACGUCCGCGUACCGCGGCCCCACCACGGCGAAUCGCGGUUCAAGUUCGAUCUCAGUGCCCGCUCGUUCGGCAUCGGUCGACAUCACAGUCACGGUCACGAGGGAUUCGGCCGGCAUGGACACGGCCGCGGACACGAUAGCAAAAGUCGGCCGGCUCUGCCGAUUCGAUGGAUGGCUCCGGAAGCGUUGCAGUAUCACAUCUUUUCCCGCGAAACCGAUGUGUGGGCGUUUGGUAUCGUACUGUGGGAGAUUUCCACUUUAGGUUGCACUCCGUAUCCAAACCUAUCCGGUCGGGAGGUGGUUCGAAACGUUCCAAGUGGUGUGCGGCCCGAUAUUCCACCGGAUUGUCGUCCGGAAAUGUACGAUCUGAUGCAGCGCACCUGGAGAAAGGAUCCUCGUCAGAGGCCUAGCUUUUCCGAGGCACGUACCUCGCUGGCAAGGACGCUGUGCCAGUGGCAGUUGGAAGAGACGGACACGUCCAACACUUCCGAGUACCUGGACGUUAGCGGAUUCAGCGAAGAUCUGGAACAAGGAAUGGUUUACUUCAAUCGACGGAUUUCAGAGUUCGAGUGUGAAAUCUAGAGAUGAUUUUGCUUUCCUUAGCCAUCCUCUCCAUUUUCCUUGGCCGCACCAAUCCGCUGUCGCACAGUCUGACUCAAACUCAAACCUUGUAUAGUUACAGCAGUAUUACCUAGAUCUUCUAUCACUUCCCAUCCAUCCAUCCAUUGUUAACAUUCAAACCGAUUGAAAACCCUGCAAUUUCCAUCUGUCGUUUUCCUGGCGAAAACCAAACUGGAAAUUUUUCCGGACUGGAUCAGGCCUUGUUGAUACUUUUGUUGUGUGUUUGUUUUCCCCACUUCUGUAAACUUUUGUAAAUAGUUGUUUUCCUAAAAUGUUCAUCAAUAUGUGUGUACAGGAAAAAAAAUGAAACUGUCAACAUCAUUUUUAUUAAAAUCGACAGCUGUUGCACUGCUAUAUCGUGUAUUUAAGCAGUGUCCGUCUGUUGCAAAUUGCAAUCUGUUGUUUUCAAGCAUCGUAUAUGCGUAGUAUUGUUUUGCUUUUAAGAGUUAAAAUUAUCACAAACAGGUCCGGUGAUCAAAGGAGCUACAUCAUCAUUAAUAUUCAUGCAAUAUCAUUUCAUUUCACGAGUUGUACAUUUUCCAUUGAAAUUGAGUUCGAAUAAGACGAAUCCAAUAAUAAGCAAGUUGAUUUUAUUUUAAUUUUUAUAGAUAUUUUUGUUUUGUUUAAUUAGACAAAAACCGACAGGAAGAAGCACGUUCUAUACCGAAUAAAACCUUAUCGAAAGUUCUA